UUCACGACUCAUUUUGUUCGUUCACAUUACAGUUAAGUAUUUCAAAUAUUGCAUAAAUGACACGUAAUAUAAUUAUAAUUCUUUUAACCUUUUGGGAACCUAGUAAUAUUCUUCAUUUCCUCUUCAAAGUUCCAGCCUCAAAGAAAUCGAUAUAUUGAUAGUUGUAAUUUUGAGAAAUUGGUAUUCUGAGAGGUUGGCAUUUUGAGAAGUUGUCAUAUUGAGAAGUUGUCAUAUUGAGAAGUUGGCAUUUUGCGAAGUUGUCAUUAUGAGAUGACAGGCCUAAAGAUAAUGCUUACAAAUCGCAUGAAAUACUUCGGGCAGAUGGACAGACCAAUCGGAGCUCGCAGGAAUUCGAACUGGCCGCGUGAUGUGUCACAAAAGAUGUAUAGGGGAGAGACUCAUUACAUAAAUGACGUGGUCGGGACGUGUGGUGGACAAAAAAGUUAUGAGGACAGUAGGCAGGGGUAUAGAAGUUCCAUCGUUUUGCUUUUUGGUAAAUCUCUUAACACCAAUUAUGUUGUAGGAAGCAGUCAACUGUUCGAGCAUCUCCUCCUCAGAUAAUUCGACAGGAGCUCGGAUUAUUCCCUGGGCUUCAAUGGUGUCGACGGGAAUCUUGGCGAUCCAGCCUUUCUUCUCACUACUCAGUAGAAAUGAGUUAGCAUCCUUUAAACAUGCGAAGAAAACCUUUAUACAGGGUGGUCCAGAAGUUCAGGUUCAAAAUGAAUAAUUAGAAAGAGGGGCUCAUUAGCUACCAGAAACACCCCCAUGUAUGUUCAGCAAUUAUUUACGGUUUAGGAGAUAUGACCCAUUUUGUACCUUUUUCUAGAUUUUCAGACAAAAUCAUCAUUUUGUCGCUAUCUCUUUCUUAACAAUUCUUUUAUUAAACUUCAUAACUAUGCCUAAGGAUAUGUACCGCUAGGUGAAAAAAUGAAAACAGUCAAAUCAAAGAUAAAAAAAAGUUAUUGGAAAUCAUAGUGAGAAUUCGACCAAAAUUGUUACAGUUGUUAAAACUUCGCCGAAGAAUAAUAAACACAUGAGAUUGUCAUGGACCCUGAAAGUAUUUCUAAAAACUGCUCCAUUUAAUAGGCUUUUAGAAACAUUAAUAAAAAGUACCGUUAAUACGGGCAAAAAACUAAGUAAUUAGCCCUCAACGAUUGCAAGACAGACAGAUUUGAAGGGAAAUUUGUCAUUCUCAUACAAUGUAGCUGCUGCUUUCUAACGUUGUUAAAGGUGCUCAAAGACACAUUUUUAAUUAAAAGUAAAUAAAAAUCACGCUUAUAAUCGCUAACAGGGUAGACAUAGCAAAAAUCCGAAGACAAAACUUGCAGUCACUUUGAAAAUGGUAUCUGCAUUUUUUCGCAACCAAGCAGAGCAAGUCGCAGAAUGCCGUCGGAGUAUUCUGUGACUUGUCUAAGGCGUUCGACUGCGUGGAGCACGAGACCUUGCUUUUGAAAUUGAGGCACUAAGAAAAAUAUUUAUAGUUUUACUUACCUCUGUAUUUAUAUUAUUCGUGCUUGUAUACACUGGCCCCAAAAAUGAUUCCAUUAGAUCAUAAGCAAACCAUAUGGGUUUGUAGAUAUCGUCUGCUCCUAAAAUUUAUACAAGACAAGUAGUGUUUGAAAAGUACGAAAAGGAUUCCAUGUAAUAAUAAAAAAACAGUCAAACAAAACUAACCUGCACCAGAACGAAUCGAGUCUUGUUUCUUUUUGAAGUGUCUCCUGAAUGUAGCCAUUAAUAUUUCUUUUUUAAUUUUUUAUUCUUUCAUAUUUUUAUUGAAUAUUACACCGAUGCGGGUCCACGCAUCGUUGACCUUCUGCCUAUUUUUGUGGUUAAUAUCUUUUGAAUUCCAAAUGCAUAGCUCAUUUUGAUAUGCUUCUAAGAAACAAAGAGUUAUAUCUUCUGACCAAUCGGACAUGUUAACGCGCCAAAAACAGUUCUGCUGACAAUUUGGUAUCGAAGCGACACAUCCACCUUCCGUAAGCUCGCGCGCGCGCGACACUGAACGUUUACCAAGCGUAUUGGUACGUUUACACGCUUGCCAAGCCUUCGCAAGCGGCAAACAGCCCCAAGCCUCCACAAAUCUCGUUUGGCGUUUGAAAGGAGUUUACACGCUUGGGAACGCGUCAGUCUGCAAGAUAGAUCCAAGCAUGGCGGACACCGAACUUGUGACGGCUAUUGCAUUUGGUUUAUCGUACUUUUAUUUAAAAUGCAAGCAAAGUGAAACAAAAAAAAGAAAAACUCGACGACAACGAAGAUGGUGGAUGAAAAAGAUUCAUCGAAAUCGUACCAGACAAUUUAUAGAAGAAAAAUUUAAUGAGCUUUUAUAUGAACCUUCUGGAGAGUUUGAUAACUUCUGCCGAAUGAGUUAUAAUGAUUUUGAGUUUUUACUACAGAAAAUUUCACAAAUGAUAUCUAAGCAAGAUACAGACUUCAGAGAUGCCAUACCGGCCAAAUUUCGUCUUGCCAUUACGUUACGAUUUUUAGCAUCUGGUGAUUCUUACAAAAGCCUACACUAUUUGUUUAAAGUAUCUGUCUCUAUGAUAUCAAUAACCAUUCGUGAAGUUUGCCGAGCUCUUAAUGAAAUUCUAAAGGAUCUAGUUAAGAUGCCUACCACAGCAGAAGGAUGGCUUAAUAUUGAAGAAGGAUUCAGGACCAAGUUUCCACAUUGCAUAGGGUCAUUGGAUGGCAAACAUGUAGUCAUUGAAAGCCCAACUCAUAGUGGAACAGAGUAUUUCAAUUAUAAGAAAACUUUUAGUAUUGUCCUUAUGGCGUUAGUGGAUAGCAAAUACAAAUUUGUAUUUGCAGACAUCGGGAGUCAAGGAAGAAUAAGUGACGGUGGCGUCUUUAAUAAUUGUUUACUAUGGAAAAGAAUAUGUAGGAACGAAUCAGAUUUUCCUCCGCCAUGUCCACUUCCAGGAUCGAAUAUUAAUAUUCCAUACGUGUUUUUAGCUGACGGUGCUUUUGCAUUGAGUCAACACGUAAUGAAGCCCUACCCUGGAAAUCAUGAAGUAGGCUCACCAAAAAGGCUAUUUAACCAAAACUUAUCUAGAUCCCGAGUUGUAGUUGAAAAUACGUUUGGAAUUUUAACCUCAGUUUUUAGAAUAUUCAGACGUCCUAUCGAUUUAGAACCACAAACUGUUUCAGAAUUUACGAUGACUUGUGUAUUACUACAUAACUUUUUGAGAACAAGUAAAAGUUCUUCAAAUCGAUAUACUCCUCAGGGUUCGUUAGACGUAUACGACAGUAGUGGAAAUAUGGUUACACCUGGUUCAUGGCGCAGAGAUAACGACGGAUAUAAUGCAUUGCAAACAUUACCACAAAUACCACGAAGAUCUCUGCUGAAUGCCAAAAAAGUCAGAGAAGAAUUUACUUCAUAUUUUAAUAGGAUUGGAUGGAUAAGUUGAUAAAUGUAUGAAUAAAUGUAUGAAUAAAUUUAUAAUAAGUAA